AUGAGUCUUUUCGAUGAUUUACCCGAACCUUCUGUAGACAGUGACGAAUCAAACAAGUUAGAACAAUCGGAUGACACACCUUCAGCUAGUGGAAUUAAAUCUGGAUCAUGUGUUGAACUUUUUCCAAUCAUUUAUUCAGUCAUCUCCAGAAAAGGAGAAAGGCCAGAAAUGCAGGAUGCUCAUAUACUGAUGGACGACUUGAUGCAGCUUAUGUGUCGAGGAGUCUCAAGUGAAAUUGGAAGAGUGGGCUACUUUGGUGUUUUUGAUGGACAUGGAGGAUCAAGAGCAUCUAAUUUUGCAUGUAAACGCUUGCAUCAACAUAUCGCUGCACGUUUUCCUCGUGGUGGGAUACAACAAGUAGAAAAGGAUAUAAAGCGUGUGUUAUACGAUUCAUAUAAGAAAACAGAUGAAGAGUUUUUAAGAGAGGCGUGUCAGCAGCGCCCUCAUUGGAGAGAUGGUAGUACAGCGGCAACUGUUUUAUUAGUGAAUAAUACACUUUAUAUUGCAAAUCUAGGUGACUCAAAGGUUGUUUUAGCUAGAUUUGUUGAAACUCCUUCAACAUCUGAAUCUAAUCAUUCUAAUGGUAAUGCAAAUAACACUGAUAAAAGUCCUGUAAAAAACACAAAAUUGAGUGCAAUUUGUUUAACAAAAGACCAUAACCCUAUGGAUUAUGAAGAACGUCAGCGUAUACAAGCUACUGGAGCCUCUGUUCAAAAUGGUCGUGUAAACAGUAUUUUAGAAGUCAGUCGAUCAUUUGGUGACUACCAGUUUAAAAAACAAGGUGUUACAUGUAUCCCAGAUGUAAGAAAAUGUCAGCUAACCAACGAUGACCAAUUUUAUUAA